AUGCCGCCUCCUCAACAUCUCCCACCAACAAAUGAAGCAAAGAAUGAAAAUGAAGAAAACCCUUUGGUUUUUGAUGCUUCAGUUGCUCAGUACCAAUCCAGCAUACCCUCCAAAUUCAUAUGGCCCGACCACGAGAAGCCAUGCCCUGAGCCGUCAGAGCUUCCAGUUCCUCACAUUGACAUGAAAGGCUUUCUCACAGGGGACACUAGGGAGGUCUCAAACGCGACUCGUUUAGUCGAUGAGGCAUGCAGGAAGCAUGGAUUUUUCCUCGUUGUUAAUCAUGGAGUUGAUUCGCAGCUCAUAGCAAAAGCUCAUGAAUACAUGGACUUGUUCUUUGGCAUGCAACUCUCACAGAAGCAAAGGGCUCAGAGAAAGACUGGUGACCACUGCGGAUAUGCCAGUAGCUUCAUUGGCAGGUUCUCCUCCAAACUUCCAUGGAAAGAAACACUUUCUUUCAGAUAUAGUGCCGACAGCCACUGCUCAGUCAAUGACUAUUUUGUGAAUGUAAUGGGUGAAGAUUUCAAAGAAUUCGGGAAGGUGUACCAAGAAUACUGUGAAGCCGUGAGCAAUCUCUCCAAUGGGAUAAUGGAGCUGCUGGGAAUGAGCUUAGGAGUUGGCCAAGAGUAUUUCAGAGAAUUCUUCGAAGGAAACGAUUCAAUAAUGAGGUUGAACUACUAUCCCAGAUGCCAAAAACCAGAUUUAACACUAGGAACUGGGCCUCACUGUGAUCCCACUUCCUUAACAAUUCUUCAUCAAGAUCAAGUAGGCGGCCUUCAAGUGUUUGUAGAUGAAAAGUGGCGCUCUGUUACUCCUAAGCCUGAUGCUUUUGUCGUCAACAUUGGUGAUACAUUUAUGGCUCUAUCCAAUGGGAUUUACAAGAGCUGCUUGCAUAGAGCAGUGGUAAACAACAGAACUGUGAGGAAAUCUCUUACUUUCUUCCUUUGUCCCAAAAAGGACAGGGUGGUGACCCCACCAAGAGGUUUGGUUGAUACCAAGAGCCCAAGGUUGUACCCGGACUUUACCUGGCCUACUUUGCUAGAGUUUACACAGAAACACUACCGGGCUGACAUGAAGACGCUGGAUGCCUUCUCGGACUGGAUUAUAAAUAAAAACAACUAA